AUGCUGUUCAGCAAGAAGGGAAAGCAUCCACAAGAGGAAGAGGAGGCUACAUCUGGGACAGAAUGCCAGACAGCGACUCGUAGGGACCAACCUGGCUCCAGCGCAAAUGCAUCCAACAGCAUGGAUCCCAAGGGCAAGCAACGGGACAUAACAUACCCGACUGGCAUCAAGCUUGCACUGCUGAUGAUGUCCAUCUUCGUCGGCAUGUUCCUGUCUUCCUUGGAUAAAUUUAUCGUCUCGACCGCCAUCCCUCAGAUCACCAACGACUUCAACUCAGCGGACGACAUUGGCUGGUAUGGCACGGCGUACCUGCUCACCAACUGCGCCUUCCAGCUCGUGUUCGGGAAGAUAUACCAAGUUUUCAGCGUCAAAGCCACCUUUUUGGCCUCGAUCGUAUUGUUCGAGGCCGGCUCAGCUCUCUGCGGUGCAGCGCCGAACUCGAUCGCUUUCAUCCUCGGCAGGGCCAUCGCAGGCCUGGGAUCGGGAGGCAUUGUCACGGGCGUCAUGGUCGUCAUCGUGUAUGCUGUUCCGCUACACAAGCGGCCCAAGUACCAGGGCUUCUUUGGUGCUGUGUUCGGUGUCUCUUCCGUGACCGGCCCCCUAAUCGGAGGCGCCUUCACCACCAACGUCACCUGGAGAUGGUGCUUUUUCCUCAAUCUUCCAUUGGGAGGUGUGGCCAUGGUGUUGAUCUUCUUCUUGCUCCAAGUUCCCGAUCGUCCCGGCACCAACAAACCUCUCAAGCAGAAGCUACAGCAGCUCAACAUCUUGGGUCUGCUUGCGCUCUUUCCGGGCAUCGUCUGCCUGUGCCUGGCGCUGCAAUGGGGCGGCACCACGUUUGCUUGGAGUGAGCGAAGAAUCGUCGCACUGCUUGUGCUUGCCUUUGUGCUCUUGAUCACCUUUGUCUUGAUCCAAAUCUGGAAGCCGGAGCAGGCCACGGUGCAACCACGCAUUUUCAUCCAGCGUAGCAUCCUGUCCGGCUUCUGGGCGAGCUGUUGCACAGGCGCGCAUCAGACACUCUUUAUAUACUAUCUUCCCAUCUGGUUCCAAGCCAUCAAGGGUGCCUCGGCAAUCAGUAGCGGCAUCCACCUGCUUCCCAUGAUAAUUCCCAUUGUCAUGGCGUCGAUCAUGACCGGUCAAUUGGUCUCUCGCAUCGGGUAUUACACGCCGUUCAUGAUCUUCGGUGUCUGCUUCGCGGCAAUCGGCUCCGGUCUGCUCACCAUUCUGAAGACCAACACCACCGCAGGCCUGUGGAUCGGCUUCCAGAUCCUGUACGGUUUCGGGCUCGGCUCUUGCUCUCAGGCACCCAACUUGGCCGCACAGACGGUGCUGAAGCGUGAGGAUGUGUCCGUUGGCGCGUCGCUCAUGUUCUUUGGUCAGACCCUGUUUGGAGCCGUUUUCGUCUCAGUCGGUCAGAAUGUACUCGACAAUCAACUUGCCAACCGCCUCGCUGGCAUUCCGGGUAUCACUCCCCAGCUUAUCCAGAGCACCGGCGCCACUGAACUCCUCAGCUUCAUCCCCGCCAAGUACCACGCCGAGGCUUUGAAGGCCUAUAACAACUCGUUGCGUGUGUGCUUUCAGGUCGCCUUGAUCAUGGCAUGCCUUUCUACCCUGGGUGCAGCUAGCAUGGAGUGGCGCACUGUCAGGAAGAACCUGCCACCCAAGAAGCCUGACACUGAACGCGAAGCUGAAGAGGCCAAUGCUAAGGAGGAAUCAACUGAGAAGGAAGCGCCCGAGGCCGGGGCACAGGCCGAGACAGCCACAAGCACUGUGUCUCAAAGUGUAGGGCCGCACACGUCCACGUCAGCCAUUGUCGAUGACGCCGCUGAGAACACCAAGGAGAAAACUGAGACUGAGAAGGAAGAGGCCAACCGGACGGCCAUGUGA